GUAACAGUUAUCCGUUUGUGCUAGUUUCAAUAAUACCAUUAUUGUAGUACAGUCUGUCGUUUUCAAUUUGUCACUAUUUGAACUUGAAAUAUUUUUAAGAGGAGGACCGAGGACAGGUUGCAAAUCAACAAAUCGUCGUAUUUCUUUCUCGGCUCUCAUCUUGAAGUGUUUUCAAUACCGCCGUAAGAUAGCAGCUGCGCGUUACCAUGGGCAAUCCGCUGUCGUAAAACCACUGUAGAAAACGUAAAGUCCGGAAGUUGCCGUAGCUGCAAGGCGACACGAAAACGACGCAACGGCGACCGGAUGAAAACGAAACAAUGGCGUCGUACGAGGAGAACGAGCAGCAACGAAAACAACUGGAAGCUAUUGGCAAGAAUCACAUCGUGUUGUACAGCAAAGUCAUCCAGCAGCUGAUUGGUCGUGAGGAAGAUCUUCCCACUCACUCUCCAGGGGGGACCUCCAGUUCGGAGCAAGAUGAUCCACAGCACCCUUGGGUGAAAGAGGAAGAGGAGGAUCCACAGCUCAGGAUCCACAUUAAAGAGGAAGAGGAGGAGACUGACAUCUGCAAGCUGCCACUGACUGAUGUUUCUGUGGAGAGUAAAGACUACGAAGAGGAACCACAUGAGUGGUCACUGCUCCAUCUUCACAGUCCAAGUGGAGACCAUUGUGGAGGACCACCACCAGACAACCUCUUAGCUCCACUGUCAGAUACUGAUGACAUAGAAGAACCUUUGAGGAGCAAUGCAGACUGUGAAGGUGAUGACAAACAGUUGAAAUGCUCUGAAAAGGAGACAACUCUCUGCAGCAAGGAAACUUUACAAACACGUCAAACAAAAAUUACAGACUCAGUUUGUGUUAGAAAACAUGUUAUUAGACACACAAGAACACACACAGGAGAAAAGCCCUUUUGUUGCUCAUUGUGUGAUAAAACAUUCUUUCAAAAGUCACACUUUGUAUCACACAUGAGAAGACACACUGGAGAAAAACCAUUUUGCUGCUCAACUUGUGGUAAAAGAUUCACGCUAAAGGAAAACAUGGUAUCACAUAUGAGAACACACACAGGAGAAAAACCGUUUUGUUGCUCAAUUUGUGGUAAAAGAUUUACUCUAAAGCCAAACAUGAUAUCACACAUGAGAACACACACAGGAGAAAAACCCUUUCAAUGCACUUUGUGUGAUAAAACAUUCUCUCAUAAAUCACAUCUGGCACCACACAUGAGAAUACACAUGGGAGAAAAACCCCAUGGUUGCUCAACAUGUGGUAAAAGGUUCUCUCGAAAGCUAAACAUGGAAACACACAUGAGAACCCACACAGGAGAAAAACCCUUUCAUUGCUCCAUUUGUGGUAAAAGAUUCACCCGAAAGCCAAACGUGGUAAAACAUAUGACAAUACACACUGGUGAAAAACCCUAUAGUUGCUCAACUUGUGGUAAAACAUUCUCUCAUAAGCCCCACAUAGUAUCACACAUGCGAAUACACACAGGAGAAAAACCAUUUUGUUGCUCAAUUUGUGGUAAAAGAUUCGCUCUCAAGUCAAACAUGGUAAAACACAUGAGGACACACACAGGAGAAAAGCCUUUCAGUUGCUCAACUUGUGAUAAAACAUUCUCUCAUAAGCCACACAUGGUAUCACACAUGCGAACACACACAGGAGAAAAACCCUUUUGCUGCCCAAUUUGUGGUAAAACAUUCACCUCAAAUUCAAACAAGAUAAAACACAUGAGGACACACACAGGAGAAAAACAUUUCAGUUGCUCGUUGUGUGAUAAAACAUUUUCUCUCAAGUCACACAUGGUAUCGCACAUGAUAGCACACACGGGAGAGAAACUGUUCAGUUGUUCAGUUUGUGGUGGAAGCUAUGCUCAGAAAAAAAGUUUGGUUGUGCACAUGCGGACACACAACAAAGGAGAAUAAAUGUUUUAAAGUAGUAACCCCCCCCCCCCAACACAGCACCUCCUGAAGCAGUAUUGUUUCCAUUGAACUUUAUUCUUCUGACUAGCUGUAAAUACAGUAAUUCCUAAUUUAUCGCGGGGAUUACGUUCCAGAAACCCCUCGCAAAUAAAUGAAAUCUGCGAAAUAGUGUCAAGUUAUUCAUUGUAUUAUAGAAAUGUAUAUGUUUCAUGUAGCUGCACGGUGGACGACUGGUUCGAGGGUCUCCCUCACAGUUCUGAUGACAGGGGUUCAAUCCCCGCCCCCACCUGUGUGGAGUUUGCAUGUUCUCCCCGUGCCUGCGUGGGUUUUUUCCGGGCACUCCGGCAUUGAAUAAUAUACAUGAAACAUCCAUCCAUCCAUUUUCUGAGCCGCUUAUCCCCACAAGGGUCACGGGAGUGCUGGAGCCUAUCCCAGCUAUCAUCCGGCACGGUACACCCUGAACUGGUUGCCAGCCAAUCGCAGAGCACAUAUAAACAAACAACCAUUCACACUCACAAUCACACCUACGGGCAAUUUAGAGUUGUCAAUUAACCUACCAUGCAUGUUUUUGGGAUGUGGGAGGAAACCCACGUAGACACGGGGAAAACAUGCAAACUCCACACAGGCGAGGCCAGAUUUGAACCCCAGGUCCUCAGAACUCUGGGGCAGAUGGGCUAACCAGUGCCGCAGGUUUCAUAUUCUGCAAAGAAUAAUAGCCCAUUUGUCCUUAUGUAAGUCAUUGCUGCUACAUUAAAACCUUAGAGACUAUAAUGCUAACUGUAUCAGAGAUGUGCAGGUGAAUAAAUGCACAUCAGUGACUUAAAGAAAAAACGUCUGCGAUACACUGAAUCUGCAACAAGUGAACCGCAAUAUAGUGAGGGAUUACUCUACUCUGUUUUGCUGUUUUCACUUUGAAGCAGGGUCACCAAAAU